AUGAGCGACUCCGAAGCUUCAUCAUACGCUCCUACUCCUACUCCCACCCCCGCUACACACUGGCCAAAAGAUAAGCGAUGGACAACCGAUUUGAACUUCCCCAGCGAAUUCUCUCAAAUGCAAAGACAACCUACUGCCACUCACAAUUCCGGCGAAUCAGUCAAAUCUACCACUGUUGAACAUACAAUCACUUCCAAUUGCAAGUCCCCUUCUACUGCCUCUUCACCAGUGGGAAGCCAGCGAUCACCUCAAAAUAUAUCUAAAGAUACCGAAAGUAUCCAGGGAUCACCUAAAGUUGGCUUGAUCAGUACGGGCAAUACCAACGAGUCGCCUAUCAAUAGAUGCUUCAAAGAGGUCUACCACACUGCGAUCAGUACUCACAGUGGGUCCAAUUCGCCCACUAUGACUGUGGUAACCGGCAAUGGCAAUGGCGCAUCUGGAGAAGGCACGAGUAGAAUGUCCAGAUCGUCUUCUUUAAAAAAGAAAUCGGCGUUAGUUGAGGAGAAGAAGAAAGAGUACCUCGAGUAUCAAGAGUAG